CUAACAUCGGUGUAUUUACUACCAAAGAUUACCAUUGCUUAAUGUGACUGUGACAUUUAAAUAGGCGUGUCUGUUGAUACCUAGUUAGACGGGUUGCCUGUGUAGCCGGAUUACUUUUCUGUGCUAAUGUAUUUCUGAAAGUAUUCCAUAAGCUGGCAUACCACCAAUGGAAAAGAGCACCGAAGAAUCGCAGUCAGUUAAAGGGAUACCCCUUAAAGUUGUUGACUUAGCUCGUGAAUGUAAAAAAGGUGUCGUAGCCUCGACUCUGCAGGAAUUAAUAAGUCGAGCUCGUGGAAAACUUGGUGUCCCUGACAAUGUUCCAGUCAAAAUUGUGUUGGAACAAGAUGGAACAGAAGUUGAUGACGAUGAGUACUUCAGUACAGUGGAAAAGAAUACUGUUGUAAUGCUACUGAAGAAUGAUGAAAAAUGGUUACCACCUGGAAAAUUCCACAGAGUAAGACGAAUCUCAGAUGAAACAGAUGGACCAAGGUUUGGCCCUAAGGACAAGGAACUUAGUAGUUUGGUCGAUAGACUGCAAGGAGAUCUGACUCACAUUUCGAUGUUAGGUGGCAGAGAAUUGGAGCUGUUGAGUAACAUGGAUCCUGAAAGUCUGAUAGACAUUUUUCCUGAAAGUGAAAUAUUUUUGGUGCAACUGAAGGAAGCAAGUGGAAGAUUCUUAUCAGAGAAACGGCAAGCUCAAGAGGCCCUAGAAUUGCUCAAAUUGUAUCGUGGAGGGCAGCAGGAGGAAGUGGUACAAGUCAAGAAAGAAAAAGUGUAAGAUUGUUCUAUCCUGCAUGGAAUAUUUAUCAGCCACUCCCACAGCAGUAGCUAUAAAGUUAUUGUCUGCUUUAUUGUUCUCUAACAUAUCAGUGUCUUGAAUUAAAAUUAAGAUAUUUCUUGUUUUCCAAAUUAAGUUAUAGAUGUAAUGGUAUGUGCAUGUCUAACAUAAGACUAUUAGUUUAAAUUAAUAAUUGUAAUUUAUCUGCAAAUUUAGGAUUGCUGUGCAGUAUGUCCAGAGUAGUAUUGAGAUUUGUUGUAUAACUGUGCAACAAUAGGAAAAAAAAUUAAAACACAACCUGACCGCACACUGCCAGAAACCUGUAACAGAUACAAAGUUCAUGGAUUUGCACAAUAUUUGAUAUUGACAGGAUUUCCCCACUAGCUGGAUACGCUCUGUGUCUUUGUUCAUUGUUAAUAUCAUCAGUAGUAGUGAAUGCUCAGGUAAAAUGCAUUGUAUGCAAUUAUAUUGUUAGGAUUUUACAAUCUGAAUCUGAAUUUUUAAUCUUUAAUACAAGCAUUAAGGAAAGUUCUUUGAUGGUUGGGAGUUUUAAUAUGGUCAGAUAACUGCAGAAUGAAAAUUAGCAUAAAAUUUGUGACAUGAUAUUGCUCUGGUGGAAAGUAUUUUUAUUGGUAAGGAGUUGCUGUUAAUGAUUUUUUGAGUAGGCAACAGAUAAUGAUGAUAUGUAUAUCUUUGGGUCUGUAUUUGAUGUAAUAAAAUAGUGAAAAGGAAGAAAACCAAAAGAUUUCCAAAGUCUGCAAUAUUAAUUUCUGUUGACAGCAUAGAAAAUUUUCCUGAAUGGCCAGGUGUUAUAUGUGCUGUGACAGAUAUUGUACAGAUCAUUCAGUAAAUGACUAGAGAUUUUUAUCACAAACAUUUAUUAUGCGGAUACAAAAGGCUUAUGGUAACAAAUUUACAAUCAUAGUUUUAACUGAAAUGAAGAAAGACUGAAAAAGGCUCAUUUUUAAAAGUAAUUCGUUCAUAACUAAGGCAACUAGUGAAAAUACAUUGACUUUAAAAGCUGUGAACUGAACUAUUAGCUUCUACCUAUUCAGACAGCUCAAUUAAAUUUAAACUUAACACAUGAUCUAUAAAGUAAUUCAGGUUUCUAUUUUACUUUAAUCACUCAUUGUAUAAAAUUAUUAACUAAUUGAAGCUCAUUUCUCAUAUACCACAGUGUGUAAAAUACUAUUGUUGAUUUGAACACUUACGCUCACAAAACUGGAGUUAUAAACAAAUUCAAAUACUGCAAGACUGACUGACAUUGAGGAUAGUAAACAGUUCAUUGCUCAAAUCUCAAUAAACUUACGGAUCUACUUUUAUACAAAUGUGAACGUAAUUUUGGCCUUUGAAAAGUAUUUCAUAACAUCAUUGUUCAUAAGACCUGUAGUAGUUGCAUCACUGUGAAUGAAUGGAGUGAUAUGCAGUUUUAUGAUAAGGAUAGUUACAGGAAUUGUAGUUAUGGAGAAAAUGACGUAGAGAUGUAUAUUUUAGAAUACUGUUAAGCACAAUGUUGUGAAAUGAUUCAUCUUGGCUGAAUCCAAUUUACUUGUUCUGAUUGAAUCAUUGAAACAGUAGUUAGAAGGGGACAAUACAUUUGAAAAUACUUUAUGGUGCCUGGAGUAGGGAAAAGAAAUUAUGAAUGGUUUGGAAGAGUAGCUAUUUUGUGAGAUCCAUACCUUUUUCUGCAUUUAAUGGAAUGUGUGUACUAAAGCUGCUAGGAUAAGAGGUAGCUUUCUCCUUCUCCAUAGCUCCUUUGUGCAAUUUAUUAAUUGUGCAUCUUUCUGAAAAUGAAAUAUGCCGUGCAUAAUAAGUAAGGCAUAUAUAAGUUACAUCUCAUUACCACUGCCAAACUUAAAUUCACUUUUCAACUUCAGAUUAUUUAUUUUGUAAACUUAAAUGCACUUUAUAAGAUGGGGUAACAUGCUCUUAACUGGAUGCCUCUUUAUGUGAAAGUACUAAAAGUGGCAUUCAAAAAUAGUAUCUAAACAUAUUUUCCUUUAUCCUUGGAAUAUUUAGUUUUCUGGCCAAAAGCGUAAAGUAUAUAAUUCCAGGGGUGACAGCAAUUUUUCUUUUUUCCAAAAACAUUGAUGGUUUUUUCUGGAAGUACUGUGAAUUGCUCUAAAUGCCUUCUAAAACAGUGAUACAAAUAGUAUAUUACAUGUUAAACCAUAAGCAGAAAACUAGAUUAGAAAUAAUAUAAAAUGAUAUAUGAAAAUUGGUUUAUACUGGAACAUAUAGAUAUGUAUACACAUUUAGCUUCAUGCUAACAAUUAUGGAAAUAGCUUGAAGAAUAUGGACCUAUGUAUAAUGACUGCACUGCUAUUUGGCAAAAUGAAGUGGAAAAAUAGUUGCUCAGAGAACUGAAAGGAAAUGGAUAAUCGGUAGAUUAAAUAUUUCUGUUACUGCCUGCCCUGAAGUUAAUAUUGAUAAAAAUGCUGUUGAUGUGAUGUGUCUAACACAGUUACAGAUGCACAUUAGAAAUAUAUAGUUAGGUGCUGUAAUAAAGGGUACCUCUAUACCUGUUCUGUAAGUGGUAAUAAUUUGGUUUGUUCUAUUUUUCAUCAAGACUUAGUUAUUUAUACUUUAUUGUAGCCGCAUUCUAAAAGUGACUGAGCUAUAACAUGGAAGAAUGCAUAUGGUUGCAUCCACAGUUUGUCUAAUGGCUCUCCAUUAAUUUAAAUCACAACCCCGGAGUAACUUGCCUGUGGUUUAUGCAAAAUUUAAAACACUUGUAGUUUGAUAAAUCUCACCCCCUCCUUUCCCCUCUUUGCCACCACUACCACCCCCACCACCACCACCACCACCACCACCACCACCACCACCACCCACAUUAAUAUACACCUUCUAUUUUAUUAUUUGUUGUGUAUGUCCUCCUCCUCCAACUCUUCCUCUUUCCCAUCAUUGUUGUAUCUCCUGCAAUGAAAUUUGUGACAGCAUAUUUUUUGUAAUUGCAGAAGGUCCGUGAGUGUUGGUGAAAUAUAUUUUCUGAGAAGAUACAUGGCCAAAUAAAAUUUUAAUGAUAAAUUAGCUGCAUUUAUACCACAUUGCCAGAAACUUCACUGAAAACAGGUUAUUUAAGUUUUACUUUUCUUGUAAGAAAUAUGCAUGGUGAAUUUCCUGAUGAAAUUGAACAAUUUCGAAUAGUAAUUGGGUACCAGAUCAUUCACUAUCAAUAUGAAGUGUUGAGUGGUUGAUGGUCAUCUGAAAGGGUCAUGAAACAGUAUUCAAGUAGAAGAGAAAGUGUCAUAAAAAAGACAAGAUAGAUAAAAAUAUUGGUGAAAGGCAAAAAUAACAGUAACAAGGAAACAUCAGAAAAGUUUGGAGGCAAAAGAGUGUACAGUAUGACAGGAAAGUUACCUACCCUCCAAGCACUUUUCUUGUCACCUAGCUUGCAAUUCUGCCCCUUUUUUUCUUAGGGUGUUUCCUGCACAGCAAUUGAAAUUUCUCUGUUCCCUUCCCUCUCCUCACCCUAUGCACUUGUGAAUGUGUACAGGCAUCCUUACCAAUCCUAAAAAGAAGUUUGGAAGCAUUACUGAUCAUUCCUCCUCCUCCUCCUCCUCCUCCUCCUCUUUCUCCUCUUGGCAUGCCUGUCUGCCACUCAGCACUUUGUCCCAAAGAUCACUAGUGGACUGUCCUCUCAUUCACUGUUUUAUUCAUAAAAAAAGCUUUAAAAAUGACUGAAAUGGUAGAAAUAGAAAAUAUGUGGGCAAGUCAUCCAGAAGUCAUACUAUUUAAUUGUUUCAUUACAAUGAGGAAUAUCAUGAGAAGAUGCAUUCUUUAACAAUGAUUGACCAUGGGGGACUGUGUAAGUAUGUGGGAAAACAGUUCUAAAUGUUGUGAACUGUACUAUGUUCUGUAUGCCGCCUGCUCUUGUCAAGUAAUUGUGCUUGAAAUAUAAACAAAUUUUUUAAACAUCCAAAUAGUAUUUGGCUCAAAGAAGGUGGCCUAUCCAAAGGAAAGGUACACUUUCAUGUGCAGUAAUUGAUCAUGGGAUCAUAUGAAAAACGAUGUAAGUGAAGUACCGUCAUUACCUCUUGGCUGUUAUCAGAUAAUUUCAAUCGUUUGUAGUUAGAUUCUAAACUGUGAACAAUUCUGAAAGAAAGUAAGGUUUUUAGGGCAACACCUUAAGAAUUUACACGGGACAUUCGUAGCAUUUUAUGGAUAGAAAUAAACAAAAGAAUUUUUUGGCACUUCAGUUCACUUUGUUUAUAUUUUACUUCCCAUAAAAGGUUAGUUAAUAAGUAUUCUUAGCUCAGUGACAUGGAACAUUGUCAUCUAGAAACUUGCUAUCAGUGGUAGGACAUACAAAUCACCAAAAUGUUGAAUGUAAUGACUUCAGUAUUGAUUCAGUUUCACCAGCAGUCUUUAACCAUAAGUGGAAUCCAUCCUGUACCACUUUGGAGAAUCAGUAUAUUGCAAGGUGCAGUGGAGACAAUUUGGGAGUGCACCAUGUAUAUUGCUCAUUGGUGAAUAUACUUGAGUUUAUGAAGGGGUGCAUGAGGUGAUAUAGAAGUUUGUAAUCAAACUCUGAUAAGUGUCAUUGUGUAGACAUAAUCUUAUUAGGAGGCAUUUCAGAAAAUAUGCAAAGAUCAUGUGAAAUAACUGUUAUGCUCUGUUUAUGUAUACAGCUUUCAUGUUAUUCCAGUGGCUCUUGACUAUUAUAGUUGACUAUUAUUUCUGACUCAUGAUUUUAUACAUUUGGCUCUGUAAAGAAACUGAAGUCGAAGGCAAAAAGGUAAAUGUGUUAGACUUUUUUGUUGAAACUAAAAGAAAACCUCACUAUAAGAAAUGUUUUUCCAUGUCUUGUUUUGAAAGAUAUUAGCUGUCUGAAAUGAGACAGUUUCUUUGUUUCUUACAUCAAGUCACUACUCCCUUACCUUUUUCAAACUUGAUAUGUUCUCAGUGUUACAUUUUAUUCAUCUUUCUUACAUUUAUGCAUUUUGCCUGGUUCUAAGUGAAACUUACUAAAUGAUUAACAGUACUAAUUUUAAAUACUGUUGAGCAAUUAGUGUAAAUAUGUAAAGAAUUAAAUACAAUACCUAUUGCUUGGGUGUUAUAUGAAAGGUAAUGCUGUCAUGUAACAUUUUACUGUAUGCUACUUCUCAUUGGAAUUGUAGUGUGUGAAAGAUGGCUUUCUUAAAAAUAUUUUGUGUCCAUAUCCAAAAUUCAUUCAAGUAUUGUAUACCAAAACACACAGAAAAUGUAUUUGUUCAACAUAAGAAACAAUUAUUUCCGAGCAGGUAUGAAUAUAGAAAUUAAAAGUGUGGUGGGAGCUUAGGUGCAGAGAGAGUCUCAGAGGAAAACUAAUUGGGAGUUAUUUGAAAAUCAAUAAUAUUUUUUGCAACAUGGACAAACUAUUGUUGUUCACAUAGGAAAAUGGAUCAGCUUUCUGUUUGCAUUUUCAUCUUGUAAAGGCAGUAUACUUAAAACAUUGCAAAAUCAUAACUAUUAAACUUUUAUAGUACAAUGUCAUGACGGCAGAAGAUAAACAGCAGUUUGGAAGAAUAUUUGCUGAGUAUAACUGGAGCAAACAAUGAUCAAUAAUUGUAUUCUGUGACAAAAUUUUGAUACGAGCAGUGAAAUUGUGUUUCUUGGUUUGUCAUAAGUAUUGCCAUAGAAUACACUGGAGAGUUUGUUAUGCAGGUUAAACUUAAAGCUACAGUGGCACUAUGUCAGCUUUAUGUGGGAAGAACAAUUUUCAAGGUUUCAGUGUAUGACUUUAUUUUUGAAAGAAAACUUACCUGUUCAGCGGGAUAUCAUUGCAUUAUGAUGUCAAUAUCAAAGUAAUGUCUGACAUGUUUCUUGAAUUCAGAAUAACAACAUACUCCAUAAUCUGGCAAAAACCGUCAUAGCAGUUUAUCAAAACCUCCGCCUCUCAAGGAGAACCAUAAGUUUGUAUGUAUUUAUGUAUGUAUUUAUUUAUUUAUUCACACACAAAAAAAUUCAAUUUUGGGUCACUCCUAUAAACACACAUUUUGUGAUUGUUUAUUUGUAAUCUAUCUCGUACAUAAUUCUUGUAAGCUACAUUAUCUCUAAAACAUAUUUGAAAUAUACUCUUUGUUGUGCAUGCAGCAUGUCAUAAGUUGCAAUUUUAAAAACUGAUUGUAUUAAUAUAUGUACAGUGAAAAACAUGUAAUAUUUGUAUCACCUUCAUUAUUGGAAAGAACAUUGUAAUGUUCUAAUAUUGAGUGCAUUAGAAAUAUUCUUUCAGAGUGUAUCAUGUUACUGUAACCUCUAAAUUGUAAGAGUGGCUAAUGUCAGGAGCACCUAUACUAGAGCUAUUGGAUGUAAACUUUAUAAUACCUCUGAUUAAAUACUGUUUGUUUUGUACAUUAAAAUGUUGUCACUGA